UUUCGCUGGUAUCAUCACCAAAUUUCCGCAGCACUGGCCAAGAUGAGCAGCACCAGCAGUUCAGAGGCACAGGAACCGAUUCUGCCCUACCUCCGCUUCAGCCGGAAGCUAUGGCUCCAACUCAAGCUGCACAACCCGUUUGCCUCCAACACGGAGCUGGCAAUGACCGCCUUUUCCGCCUGGACAAGCAUGAGCCCGGAACAGCAGCUCCUCUUCAUCCAGGAGUACUUGGACGACUGUGCACAGCGCAAGGUGGCGCCAACGCUGGCGGCAUGCAAAACAACCAUGCCGGCGAAGGUCUCUCUCAACAUCGAAGGCACCUCUGAGGAGGUCACAUCGUCGCCACCACGAGGUCGUCGCCUGAUCGCUCAGCUGAAGGAGGUGCCGGCACUGGCCACCCCAUACCGCCUUCCCUCCCUGCACAUUGCGUCCAAGAACAAUGCAGACGCAACGCAGCGCAUGGCCAUGACGCCGCCUGCUGCGCAGUUCCGCACCCCAUAUGCACCAUCAGCGUACACGUCGUCGACUUCAGCAUCGCCCUCGCGCCGUGACAGCAGCACCCGCGCCUCGCUCAACCACCAGCCAACGUCACAGCAGCAGUACCAACAGUACCAGCAGCAGCAGUAUCAAGGAUAUCAACCUCACAUGCAGUACAGGCAGCAACAGCAACAGCAUCCAUAUGCAUACCAGCAUUACCCGCCUCAAAAACAGCUGUAUCAGACAGCCCGUCAGUCCCAGCACCAACAGCAGCAACAACAACAACAACAGCAGCACCAGCAGCACCAGCAGCAGCAGCAGCAACAACAACAACAAGAGAACCCCUUACACGAUGCGACAAAUGAAGCAAACGAAGCAGAGAAGCUCGCUUACGACGGCAUGUUGGUGGAUUUUGAGCAAACGCAGCGUGCAAUGCACAAGUUGAGCAGCAGCCGCAGCAUCGCAGCGCUGCGGAGAACGGCACGCGAGGAGAUUGGUGGUGCAUUCGCUGACCGUGCACUCGGCGAUGAUGUCGGUGAUGGGCCGAUGGCGGUGACUGAUGAUGAUGGACAAGAGGAUCAGGGAGAGCACAGCGACACGCAAGCCAGCACCGACGACGCCACGACGGCAACGGCAACAACAACAACAACAACACCAAAAACGACGACGACGACGACGACGAUGACACCCAAAGCCAUUGGUGACAUGAGGGUGCGACGCGUGCAUUCUCAAGAGAGCAGAGAUGCGGAGCCGCCACUUAAACGACCACUCCUCGUCCAGCUGUAAUGGGACUGCACACGCACUCACAGACUAAAUCGCCCUGUACACUCUGUUGUGUGUGUGUGUGUGUGUGUGUGUGUGUGUGUGUGUGUGUGUGUGUGUGUGCUCUUCCUGCUUCCUUGCGUGCUAAUUGGGUUGCUUUCUUUGACUAUUGGGAGUUGCGAGGGUACACCCCUCUGUUGCAGUUAUGUAAAGCAAUACAAGAUAACAUAGCUUGUGCC